AUGAUGAAAAAAAAAAUAAAAACCAAGUCGUUCAUAAUCAUAUUUGGAUUCCUAUUAUUUAAUUGGUCAUGGUGUGGUAGCAAAGAUAUUAUUUUAAGUGAAAGUGAAAAUGAAAAUGAAAAUGAAAAUAAUAUAUUAUUUUCUUUAAAUUAUAAAAUCCGAGAUAAAUUACAUAAAGGAAAAAUAUUAUAUGCAGAUGGUAUAAAAACAUAUGGAUAUAAACAAAAAGGUGUUUCUAUUGUUAUACCUUUAAAAUAUGAAAGUCAAAUAAAAGAUUUUUUUUCAGUAAGUGAUGAUAAAAAAUCAUGUAGUUAUCAGAUCUAUGAAUAUGGAAUAUUAAAUAAUAAAUAUAGCCAUAAAUGUUAUAAAAAUGAUUUUUGUGGAAUCAUACCAAAUAAUAAAUAUAUUACAAGAAUAGAAAAUGGAUUAUUAUAUUGUGUCCAUUUUAAUAGGAGCGAUAUGAUAAUAUAUUAUAUUAGUGAACCUGAAUUAUUAAAACCAAAUGUAAUGUAUCAAGAACUUUUAUUUUUAGAAAAUCAAAAAAAAGUUUUAAUAAAUUGUAAUACAAUGUUUAUUGAAAUAAUUUCUAUAAAUAGUGAACCUUUUAAAUAUUGUCUAACUGAUUAUUUAUUAUCAUAUGCUCUAAGAACAUGCACUAACAAAAACUAUUGUUAUAUUAAUUUAUCUAAACUUAAUUUACAAUCAUGUCCUAUAAAUGAUUCAUACAUUUUAAAUAUAAAAUAUAGAUGUAAAGAAUAUCCUAAUCUGUCUUUAAGCAGAAAUGAAUCAGAAAAUUCUAAAAUAAAAUAUUCUGAACGAAUUUGUAAAUAUGGCUAUAAUAUUAUACAAAAGAAUUUACUAAAUAUAAAUUUAACUAAUAACCCUAAAGGUAAUAUUAAUAAUCAUAGAAAAAUGAUAUUAAAUAAAUGUGAAAAAAAUUAUACUUGUGGAAAUCAAAUAUGUUCAGUAAAUCAAUAUUGUGAUGAAGCUACUGAAACAUGUAAAUGUAAAAAUUUGAGAAUUUCAAUAAAUCCGGAAACUUGUGAACCCGUAGAUGUAUGUCAAUUAUUAAAUUGUCCAGAAGACUCAAUUUGUGUAAAAGAUAAAACAACAAAUAAAGCAGAAUGUAAAUGUAAUGAUAAUAAAUAUUAUUAUCAAAAUAAAUGUUAUGAUGCUCAUGAGUUUGACGAUUUUUUAAAAUUAAAUAGUAUAGAAUAUAGUCAAGAAUAUAUAGAUAAAUUAUAUAUAGGUUCUUCAUUAAAACCAGAACAUAUAUUUAUGAAAUGCCCAACAAAUUUUGAAAUAGAAGUUGUUAAUGCAUAUGUUACUUGCUAUAACAUCGCAUUUUCUCUAAAUAGUAUUCAUAAAAAACAACCUACUUUAAUUUUAAAAAAAGAAUGUAAUGGAAAAAAUAAAUGUAUAUAUGGCAAUAGUACACAAUAUUCAGAAAACCUUCAUACACCAGAUGUAUGUCCUAAUGGAUUUAUAUAUUUCAAAUAUAAUUAUUUAUGCAAACAAAAGGAAGACGAUGACGAAGAAUAUCAAGAUAGCCACUUUUCUGUAAAAACAAAAUAUGGAUUGCAACCAUUUUCUGCAUCUCCAAUUCAAAAAUAUAUUAAUGAUCAUGUAAGAGGAGCAUCAAAUGAAAAUAUUACCUCGCAUAUAAAAAUAUUAAAGAAUACAGAAAAUAGUAAAAUAGAAUGUCCAGGAGGAAAUAUAAAAAUUCAUAAUGCACUAAUAAAAGGAGGUUUAGGAUGUGGAGAUUUAAAUAUUACAACCUUGGUGCAAAAAUAUUGUAACAACACUAGUAAUUGUAAUAUAGGAAGUAUAUAUAAAUUUGAUACUUAUUGUAUUAAUAAUCAAUAUCUUUAUGUAUCAUAUGAAUGUGAAAACUUAUGUAUAUAUUGUACUAGUGAUUCAUCAUGUUAUGGAAAUAAAUUUAACUAUCGAUGUUUUUGUAAUUAUCCUUAUAUAUCAAAAAAUAAAGAAAAUAAUUUAGUUUGUGAAAUUCCUACAAGUUGCUCAUCAGUAACAUGUAGACCUAAUGAAGAAUGUAAAAAUGUAAAUGGAUAUGUAUAUUGUGAUUGUGUUGAUGGUUAUAGUAUAAUAGAUGGGGUAUGUCAAAAAGAUAUUCCAUGUUUUGAUCAAUGCCCAAGAAAUAAAAAAUGUGUUGUAGUAAAAGGAAAAAAUAUGUGUAAAUGUAUUGAUAGAUCUCCAAAUAAAAAAGGUAAAUCUAUGUGUUAUGAUAAAGAAACAGAUGAUGAUUAUGAUGCUUUAUAUGAUGCGAAAAAUAAAUGUAAAAAAAAAAAAUAUAUUAAUAUGUGUAAUAAAAAUAAAGAAAUAUGUGUUUAUGAUAUAAAUACUGAUACAGCUAGCUGUAAAUGUAAACCCAAUUAUACUAGAUCUUCAAAAACAAAUGAAUGUGAAGCUGUUGGAUAUUGUGACAAUGUAGUAUGUCAAGCAAAUGAAGAAUGCAUAUAUAAAAAUGAUAAAGGGGAAUGUGUGUGUAAACAUAAUUUUUAUAAAAAUGAAAAAGGAAAAUGUGUGCACAAUAAUUUAUGUACAGUUAAUAAUGGUAACUGUACUGAUCAGGCAAAUUGUAUAUAUCAUGAAGAUAAACCACAUGACUGUACAUGUAAAAAAGAGGGUUAUGUUUUCCUAAAUAAUAAAUGUGUUAUAAAAGAUAAAUGUAGUGAAAAAAGUUAUUGUUCAGAUAAUUCGAUUUGUAUCAAUGUAUUAAAUAAAGAACCUAUGUGUGUAUGCACAUUUAAUUAUUUUAAAAAGAAUGGUGUUUGUGUUUUAAAAAAUCCAUGUUUAUUUAAUAAUGGAAAUUGCCCAAAAAAUUCGGUGUGCAAAUAUCAAAGUGAUAAAACAACAUGUACAUGUACAGAAAAUUAUAUACAAAAAAAUAAUAUAUGUGAACCAUUAAUAGAUCAAACAUAUAAAAAAUUUUUAAUAAAAUAUAAUGAAGAUCCUUAUAUUUUACUUGGUGGUUGUGGUAUUAUUCAAUUUAUAUAUAAAGAUAAUCAAAUAUUAUGGAAAAUUAAUUCAACAGAGGAAUCUUAUAUUUUUAAUUAUACUUUCCCCAAAAAUGAGAAUAUUGCUGUUCAUAUAAAAAAUAAAAAUUCAAAAACUAUUAUUUAUUUGGAAAAAAUGGUAAAUGAAAAUACCACUACUUAUGAUGAUUUUGUAUUAGAUCACAUUCAUUGUGAAUACACUAACAUCUUUUUUAUGCCUGGAUGA